CAUCAUUCCAUCAUCUGUUUUAUCUUUACAUCUAUGAUCAAUUUAUACUCGAAUACUGUCUGCCUGUGGAUUUGAAUAUCUUACAGAAGCACAGCGCAUCCGUGGCUGGAAACCGACUUGGCUCCGCCUGUGUUUGUUUACGUCUUAAAACUGGAUCUUGCGGACCCUGGACGCGUGGACACUGGACCUGGACACUUGGAUCUCUGGGUCAGAUAGCAGACCCGCUGAGGGGAGAGGUUAUUUACACUUUGUACGGGGUCUUGACUUUUAGAUCUGUCGAUUUGCGUUUUAUUUUAAUUGUUGAGGGUUACGGGAAAUCGAAGCUUUUUACACAGUUUGAAUCUGUCAGCGAAAAAGCCAAAGCCAAUUAAGCAUCAAGGCACAGCGCAGCAUUCCAGAGAAACAUUCCAGAAAACACAAAGAUCAAAGAUCCCACAUUCCGAUCAAAAUAAGAUUGCAUGCCGAGCCAAUCCCGCAGUCGAGACCGCCGUCGCGGCGAUCUCUCCCGCCAGAACUGGUAUGACCAGGAUAACGGUGCGGGCGACGGCGACGGUUAUGACCACACGCUAGACGACCGACGAUAUCAGCGGGAGAAUGUUCGGAGAGUGGGUGGUCCGGUACAAGGGUAUGGGAUGCAGCAUGAUUACGACAAUGACGAUAUAGGACUAGAACGGAGUUCGACAUGGAAACACUUGAGUCAUGAUUCGACGAAUAGCGAGUCGCAUUUGCUGAGUGCCGAGGCGCUGGCGAGGAGGCUUGAUAUGGAGCAGGAGGAGGAAGAACGGCUGGACCGAUCUCGAGCGCAGAACGAAAUUCGAAUGGAUAAGAAACGAGGGCGAAAGAGGGGGUUUGUUGCUGGUGGUGAGCAGGAUCUCGAUGAACCAGCGCAGGGGCUACUCAGGGAUGAAACGACGGCUAGAGUGGUCUCUGGUGCUCAUCUGGAAGAAGGGAGGAGUGCGAAUAUGAAGGUUCGACACCGUGGAGGGGGUGGUCCGGCGAUGGAAUCCGCAUGGAAAGAAGGCAGCUGGGUUGGGAGUACCCUUGGUGGAAGUUCUGUUGGCAGUCGGGUCAGCAAGCCAUUCUAUAAGCGCAAGGAAUGGUGGAUUGGGAUGGUGGUCUUGAUUAUCUGUCUGGCUGCCAUUGCUGUUCCCAUUGCGGUGGUGUUUACGAAGAAACACAAGGAUAACCCAGGCUCGACAAGUUCGGAUGAUAAGAAGCCUGCUAACUCGAAUCUGGACGGCCUGAGUCGAGACAUUAUUCCGGAUUAUGCAAAAGAUACAAUCUUGGAUCCAUGGACCUGGUACGACACAACCGACUUUAACGUGACCUUUACGAAUGAGACCGUUGGUGGCCUGUCUAUCAUGGGAUUGAAUUCUACAUGGGACGAUACAGCACAAGCAAACGAGCGCGUCCCGCCCUUGAACGAGUCAUUCCCGUACGGGCAACAACCGAUCCGGGGUGUGAAUAUUGGAGGAUGGCUCUCACUUGAGCCGUUUAUUGUCCCUUCGUUAUUUGAUCCGUACACAGGUAAAGAUUCGGUCAAUGACGAAUGGACACUAUGCAAGAGGCUUGGUAACUCUGCCAACUCCACCCUCGAGAAACACUAUGCCACCUUUAUCACGGAACAAGACUUUGCAGACAUCAAAGAUGCAGGUCUCGAUCAUGUUCGAAUUCAAUACUCCUACUGGGCCGUCAAGACCUAUGAAGGAGAUCCAUAUGUCCCUAAAAUUGCAUGGAGAUAUCUUCUAAGGGCGAUUGAGUACGCCAGAAAAUACGGACUGCGAGUAAAGCUAGACCUCCACGGUCUGCCCGGGAGUCAGAAUGGGUGGAACCACAGCGGCCACCAGGGCAGUAUAAACUGGAUCAUGGGAACAGACGGGGCCUUGAAUCGAAAGCGGUCUCUUGAGCUGCACGACCAGCUGUCCAAAUUCUUCGCGCAGGAUCGCUAUAAGAAUGUUGUCACGAUAUACGGUCUCGUGAAUGAACCACUCAUGCUCACGCUGCCAGUAGAAGAGGUUCUCAACUGGACGACAGAUGCCACCAAAAUAGUGCAGAAGAACAACAUCACCGCGUUGAUUGUUCUGCACGAUGGAUUCCUCAAUCUGAGCAAGUGGAAGAAGAUGUAUAAGACGGACAGACCAGAGCGAAUGAUCCUCGAUACCCACCAAUACACCACUUUCAACACAGGACAGCUUGUCCUGAACCACACGUCUCGAAUCAACCUCGUCUGCAAUGACUGGUACCACAUGAUCCAACAGAUCAACACCACCGACGAAGGUUGGGGUCCAACCAUGUGCGGCGAAUGGUCCCAAGCAGACACAGACUGCGCCAAGUACCUCAACAACGUCAACGGCGGUACUCGCUGGGAGGGCACCUACGGCUCCGACAAAACCAAAUACUGUCCCACCGCCGACACUGGCCCAGCCUGCAGCUGUUCCUCCGCCAACGCCGAACCAGCCGAUUACUCGGACGGAUACAAAAAGUUCCUCCAAACCUACGCUGAAGCACAGAUGGCCGCCUUUGAAACAGCCGAGGGAUGGUUCUACUGGACCUGGCGAACCGAGUCGGCAGCGCAGUGGAGUUAUAGAACCGCGUGGAAGAAUGGGUAUAUGCCGCAAAAGGCGUAUGCGCCUGCGUUUAAGUGUGGCGAUGAUAUGCCUGAUUUUGGUGAUUUGCCGGAGAAUUACUAACCGACACGGUCUUGGAUAUGUGUUGAUUAACGAUUCGAUGUUUGAUAAUAUUAUGUAUGUACAUGAAUGAUUCAGAAUACCACUUGCAAACUGUAUAGCACACGAUAAUGUGUUCCUCCAUGAGAAGCGCAUCCCUGGCACUUGAAGCCUAAGCGACUCUCCCCAGCCACAGGUUUAUUCCAGAAAGCAGCCAGGGUAGGAAGAGGUUUUGCAUUCUAUGAUGUAUU